AUGGACUGCUUUCCAAGUGUUCGCCAUCCCUUGCCUGACUCCGAACAUCUCAUGCCCUCGGAGCAGUCGUAUAGCUACUUGGUCAACCCCAAGGCAGCAGCACUAUGGUUCGCUGCUCGGCACAAAAUCCGAGAGAGACAGGACUUUGCACAGUCACGUAAGGUUCCUGUUAUUAUCGGCGGCGCAGACGACGCGCUAGUCUUGAAACAGAUCGCAGGGCUUGUGGAAAUCCCCGAGGUUGAAUGGGCUCAAACCAUCGACGAGGCCGCUAAAUAUGCGAAGUUUUGGGCUGAAAGUGCUGCUGCUAUUGCUGAUGAUCUUGUUGCUGAAGCAGAUGCAGCCGCCGCCGCCGAAGAUGCUGCUGCUGUUGAAGAUGCUGCCGAGGCCAAGGCUGUUGCUGCUGCUGCUGCUGUUGAAGAUGCUGCUGGGGCUAAGGCUGCUGCUGCUGACGCGGCUACUGCAGCGGCUGAUAAUAGGCCUGAAUUUGUCUUGAUCUGCACCAUCAGCAAAGAAGCUGAAUAUCGCCUCAGCGAAUGGUGGGACAAGUCGAAUAGACUCCUCAUUCAGUUCAAGGGCAAGGCGCGAUAUGCGAACAAGUUUAACCCUGAUGCAAAACCAUGGAAUCUAAGCGCACCGACUCAAGACUCAACAAAGCCUAUCAGGGUUCUCUCACUUGGAGACGGAAUGAAUUGUGAUCCAACCGCGCAGAUUGAUUUUAUCAAAGGCCUCAUGGACACGACCACUCCUGGUCUUAGACCGUGUGAUGCAUUUGACCUCAUCGGCGGCGUUGGCACCGGAGGAGUCUGUGCCAUAAUCCUCGGACGACUCGGUCUCACUGUCGACGACUGUUCCAAAUACCUGCCGGCAGCAGCUAUUCUUCCCUCUAUCCCAGAAGCCGCAAACCUGGUACCCAUCCUGGAUCCGAAAAAUGAUGUCGGUUCCACCUGUAACGAAAACAAACCAUACAUCUUCGUUGUCGCAAAUCUAAACAACAGACAAGACGAAGUGCUAUUGCGUUCAUAUUAUGCUCCUUGCGAGGAUUCUGAGGUCUCCAGGCAGACCAAAGUGCCACAAGCUUCGCUAGCGACCCUUGCGGCGGUGUACCAGGACUCUGCCGAGUACGAAGACCUGGCAACCUAUCUGGAAUUCGCACAGGAUUUGCACCCAAACAUGCGGGACUGGAAGUUUUCUCCAUCACAGGCCUUGACCACGGGAGAAGACCAAGUCGACGCGACCACCAACGAUCCGAUAUACCACGUCUACCGUGAGGCUCGGGAAUUCUGGCCUGACGAGGAAAUCAGGAUUGCGAGCUUCAUGCCUGAACCGAAGAGCAAGUCCCCGGGAUCCACAGCUGGUAGAGACGAGGUACGAGGAUUCCGGGACUUGCACAUCUCGAAUCACAAGGGCGAUAUCGGUCAGCCGCUGCUCCUCCGCGCCGUCAAUCGCGAUGAGAUUGCUUCGCCGUCAUUCGCGGAGAAGGCAAAGGCAUUCUGGGCUGAUUGA